AUGCUCGGUCGAGCGUUCUACCUACCUUUUGCGGGCGUGAUGCGGCAAUAUCUGGGGCGGAUCUCUUGCCAGCGCUUUGCCUGCCGCUGUUACCUUGACCCCGAGAAGGUUGAUUUUGAUGCAUGUUUUGGUCUGACGAAGUCCGAUGAUGACGGGCGCAACGACGUAAUCAGCGAUGAGCACAAGCGAUGUACUUCCGGAGAGGUUCCAGGCUUGUGA